GUUGGUUGUGGUGUGUAAUGGGGGGCACAUUUUCGAAUGUAAUGCAGAACCUGUUCAACAACAUAUCAAAAUUGUUGGGGAAGAAGGAAGCGCGUAUUCUGAUGGUGGGACUGGACUCAGCAGGGAAGACAACGAUCCUGUACAAACUGCGUCUGGGGGAAGUGGAAGGGUUCAACGUGGAGACGGUGGUGUACAACAACAUAUCCUUCACGAUGUGGGACAUUGGGGGACAGAAGCAGAUCCGUAAACUGUGGCGGCACUACUAUGUGGGUGUGCGAGGUGAGACGUGUGGUUGGCAGGCUAGCCAUCAUAUUCGUCGUGGACGGGAGUGACCACGAGCGGAUUGGGGAAGCCAGUGACGAGUUGGCGGGACUCAUGCAGAGUGACGAGUUGAGAGGGGCCAGUCUCCUCGUCUUUAUCAACAAAUCAGUACUCUCCUUCACUAUCCUAGGAUAUGCCCAACGUCAUGUCCAUCGAGUACGUCGAGAGGAGUCUCGCACUCGACAAAUAUCGCGCCUCACGCACUGUCAUUCUACAAAAGUCCUGCGCCACUUCCGGCGACGGUAUCUUUGAGGGACUCUCCGAGUUGUCCAAAGUGUUGUAACCUUCC